CACGCCCACGCCCCCACGCGGACGCGGUGCAGGCACUGCCAGUGACGCCCGCCCGCCUGCCUCGCCGUAGCCCCAGUAGAAGCGGCCGCCGGAUCAGCCAAGCGGCCGGUGGCCGCCUCGUCCCCGUCCCGCGGCCGACCGACCGCCCGCGCGCCCGGCGCCGCUCCGCACCAACAUUCCCCUCGGGAACCGCGGCGCGCCCGAUCCCGCGCCGCGUUAAACCCCGCGCCGCCCAGUAGGAAAAGAAGAGGAGGGAAAGGAAGAGCAACCGCUUCCUGGUUUCGCUUCUCGCGCCCGCCUGCCCGCAUCGCGAGGAACCGAACCGGCGCGGCAACCGACCGCGGGAACUCCGAUAUUGAAUUUCCAGAACUUUGUAAGGGAUACUGAAAUGGGUGCCAAAGAGAAGGGGGAAGAGAGAGAUGGUCAUUCAACCGAUGUGGAAAGAGAUGGUAAACAAGGGAAAGGAGCUGAAUCAGACUAUGAGCCAAGUAGAGAUUCCCUUUCAUCUCAAGGUGAAGCUGCCAGUAAUGAAGAUACUAAAGCAAAGAGAGUUUCAAGGGUUCCAAAGAAGCUAGCAAAGAAGGAGUCAAAAGAAAACAGUCCCCGCUCAGCAAGGAGUAUUUCCAGUCGUCAGAUCCACACUAAGCUGCAAUAUAUAUCGUCAAACAAUCCUCAGAACAAAUCUCCAAAAACAAACAAAGUGGCUAAUGGUGCUAGAACAGUAGAGGUGAAGAAGACAGAGGCUGUGAAAGUUCCUUCUUGUUCUUCAUCUGAUGUCUCUGAGGAAACAGAGGAAAAAGUUAUUGAGGAUAGACCCACAGAUGAUAAAGCAGUUGAUGGCAGCGCCAAGGAUGAUAAAGCUGUUGAAGGCAGAGCCACAGAUGAAGUCGUUGAGGGCAGAAACAAGGAUGAUAAAGCCAUCGACGGGACGGAGGAUAAUAAGGCCAUUGAGGACAGAACGAAGGAUGAUAAAGCCAUUGAGGAUGGAACGCAGGAUGAUAAGGCCGUUGAGGAUGGAACGAAGAAUGAUAUGGAUAUUGAGGAUGGAAAGGAUGCUAAGGUCAUUGAGGACAAGGUAACUGAUGAUAAUGCCAUUGAGGGCAGAGAGACUGAUGGUAAAGCUGUUGGAGAGGCAAAAGAGAUCGAUAUAUUGGAUGAAGCUCCAAAAUGUGAUCAGAGUACUAGUACUGAUGAUGAAAUCGCUGAAACUGAAGAAAACAUAGUUCAUAAUGGCCAUUCAGUUUCUUAUGAAAGGAAUGAGGAAUUGGAUUCAAAAAUUGAGAAGUUAGAGCAGGAGCUACGUGAAGUUGCUGCCCUUGAGGUUUCUCUCUAUUCUGUGGUGCCAGAGCAUGGUUGUUCAUCACAUAAGUUGCAUACACCAGCUCGCCGUCUGUCUAGGUUGUAUAUUCAUGCAUCAAAAUUUUGGUCCUCAGAUAAGAAAGCUUCAGUUGCAAGAAAUUCUGUUUCUGGGCUUGUGCUUGUUGCAAAGUCUUGUGGCAAUGAUGUUUCAAGGUUGACAUUCUGGCUAUCAAACAUAGUUGUGCUAAGAGAAAUUAUUGCACAAACCUUUGGUACUUCACGACAAUCAGGUCCAGUUAUGAAGUCUUUCAGCACAAAUGGUAAUGCAAAGAAGCUUGAUGGGAAUUUCGCUCCAAUGCGAUGGAAAAGUAGCUCCAAUGCUAAGCAUGCUAGACCCAAUAUUAUGCAGAUGCCAGAUGAUUGGCGGGAAAGUGGCACUCUCUUGUCAGCAUUGGAGAAGAUAGAAUCUUGGAUCUUUUCUCGGAUUGUUGAGUCUGUGUGGUGGCAGGCAAUGACACCCCACAUGCAAACCCCAGUGGAAGAUUUGUCAACUCCGAAGAUCAGCAGGUUGUUAGGGCCUUCUUUGGGUGAUCAGCAACAUGGGAAUUUUUCUAUUGAUCUCUGGAAAACUGCAUUUCGUGAUGCCUUCAGCAGAAUCUGUCCUCUUCGUGCUAGUGGACAUGAGUGUGGAUGUUUACCAGUAUUGGCAAAAUUGGUGAUGGAGCAUUGUGUAGCCCGUUUAGAUGUUGCUAUGUUUAACGCCAUCCUUCGUGAAUCAGCGAAUGAAAUACCAUCUGAUCCUAUAUCUGACCCAAUCGUGGACUCAAGAGUUCUGCCGAUUCCAGCUGGGGACUUAAGCUUUGGAUCAGGCGCUCAGCUUAAGAAUUCUGUUGGGAAUUGGUCCAGAUGGUUGACAGACACAUUUGGCAUGGAUGGUGCUGAAUCUGAAAAGGAUGGUCAAGAUGCAGAACAUAAUGGUGAUGAGCGAAGAGAUGCAGCCGAAUCAAAUUGUUUUAAGCUACUCAAUGAGCUGAGUGAUCUUCUGAUGCUCCCGAAGGACAUGCUGCUUGAGAAAUCCAUCAGGAAAGAGGUCUGCCCUUCCAUUGGCCUUCCACUGGUAACAAGAAUACUGUGCAACUUCACUCCUGACGAGUUCUGCCCUGAUCCUGUUCCUGGCAUGGUUCUGGAGGAGCUGAGUUCUGAGGGCAUGAUGGAGCGGUUCAUGGAGAAAGAAGUGAUCAGCACAUUCCCGGUCACCGCCGCUCCGGUGGUGUACUGCCCCCCUUCUCUGGAGGACGUUGCGGAGAAAGUGGCCGACACCGGUUGCGGGAACCCAGAGCUGGACCGGAGGAGCUCAAUGGCGCAGAGGAGAGGUUACACCAGCGACGACGAUCUGGACGACCUCGACAGCCCCCUGGCAUCCCUGUACGACAGGAGCGCUCCACCUUCACCUUGCAGCAACGGCGCCGCGCAUUUCAGCGCCAGGCAAGGAGCAGGAGCAGGAGCAGCCUCCAUGGCGAAUGCCAGGUACGAGCUCCUGCGAGAAGUGUGGUCGGAGCGGCGGUGAUCAGGAACAGGCCGUGGGAGUGGGACGGCCGUGAAGAAAGGACUGAAACUGGAAAGCAACGACAUGAUACUAUUCAUUUGUUCUUGUAUAUUCGUUCCUCUGUGAGCCCGUGCAUUGUUUUCUUUUUACUUUUUUGGGGUAGCAUACCUGAAAUUCGAGUAUAGAUAGAUGUUUAGUUAUUUUCCAUUAUAUGAUAUAGUACAUCUGUAUCCUACAGGCUACAGCGUCUAUGAAUGUGAUGGGAUCAUGAAAGUUUGAUAGUAGCAGUAUGAUAAGAGUAGCAGUAUCUUUUUCUUCUUCUUCAUUUUGAUAAUGAGAUGAAAGCAGUAGUAGUAACAUCAUA